AUUUACUUUAUUAUAUUUUUGACUGCGAGCGGCGAUCUACAGGCUUAGUCAUUCCGAUCUAUUGCGAAAAACAGUGAAUAACAAUUCCCAAUAAGUCUAUAUAUAAUUGCGAAAAGGUAAAAAUCGUCGAAUAAUCGUUGAGGGGAAUGUCCAAGCGAAAGGCCGAGGACACAGAAGCUGAAAAAAUGGCAACGGCCGAAAAGGUUCCACAGAACGAUUAUACCAUUGGCCUCGUGGAUCCUGUAAAGGAUUACCAAAAGCUGAUUGAAACUCGAGUGCAGGUGGACGAAAUCGUGGACGAUGAUGUCACCAAGGAGAAUUUCGAUCGAACGGCUGCUGCGGCGCGUGACGUCAUCUGGCGUCUGUUAUUCGACGGGGCUGAAAACUUGCAGGAAAAUGUUGAAAAGGCCACCCAGUUGCUGGAAGAAUACCGCGGCGACGCCUGCUUUUAUGAUCCCACACCCUACAAUGAUUGGAUUGUUAAGCUUAGGGAUGAGGUCCUCAAGCGCGAACUCCUGGACUUUUGGCGCGAUGUUCUGGUCAAAAAACAACUAGGUCCAUGUUGGUCACGCGACUGUGAUCUUUUCGAUAGCGACGACACGCCCCCAUUGGAAUUCUACGCCCAUGCCGGUUGUGAAGCUCCCUUUGCAGCAAGCUUGAAGGUUCGGGCCGCCCUGGAGGAGCAGUCUUCAAUGAAUCAGGAUGAAUUGCCUACCACUCCGGGCGAACUGAGUGCCGACGAUGCCGCCGCUCUGUCCGGUGAAUUUGAAGCCGUGCUGACCAAGGAGAACCCUCUUGAGGAGUACCGCACGCUGAUGAAGCGAUUUGUCCUGACCAAAAUCAUCGUUCCCGACAGCGUUCACCAGGCUAGCGUGAAGAAGAUGGCCACCGCCGCCAGAGAGAUCAUCUGGAAGCUGCUCUUCGAUGGUCCACCCACGCAGGAGGACCAGGACAAAGCCGCCGAGCUGCUGCGCGAAUACAAAGGCGAUGCUGGGUUUUAUGGGCCACAGGACUUUAACGAAUGGAUUGUCACGCUGAGGGACGAGGUUCUCAACAAGGAGCUCCUCGACUUUUGGCGCGAGAAAAUGGUUAAGCUGGAACUGGGUCCUAGCUGUGCACGUGAUUCGGAUUACUACGACAACGAUGAUCCCCUGCCACUGGACUUUUACGAAAAGGCCGGCUGCAAGGCUCCCUUUGAAGCGACUACCGAGGAUUAGAGGUCCGUGUCAGACCUAAAACCUACACACUCAUCUCAGAUAAAAAACAUUUUUAAUGUAAAGAGCCAGACUCAUAAAAUGUAUUCUUUUGGCAAAAACUAAAUGUAAUUUGGUAGGUCAACAAACAAAAAACAUAAGUUAGUUGCAUAAAAUUUAUUUUACUUAUUUACAAUAACAAUCUUAUCGAAAUCACAAGAAUUUCAAACUGCAAAAAGCAUUUGUCAUUACCUUAAAAUGUAACAACUCUCGAUUGUUAAACAAACACGAAUAAAAUUGUAAGACUUUAUAUUACUUUUGUGUACAUUUUUUUGAUAAAAAUAAAUUUAUUAAAACCGAAA